AUGUGUGCAGACCCUGAAAAGACCGCCGUUGAGUCCUCGGCCCCGUCGCCCGGAGCCACCACCCCGCCUCUCCAGAAAACACUAACACACCCACACUCGCCAGGCUUCGACCUGCCCACAUGGCGCAAGUCGAUCAUCCUCUUUGUCGUUUCAUGGAUGACCCUCGCCGUCACAUUCUCCAGCACCUCACUGCUCCCCGCUACGCCCGAAAUCGCAGAAGAGUUCGAUACCACCGCUGAGACGCUGAACAUCACCAAUGCCGGCGUCUUGCUCGCAAUGGGGUUCUCGACGCUCCUUUGGGGACCCCUUACUAUCCUUUUGGGGAGGAGGGUGAGCUACAAUAUUGCUGUUGCGGUGCUGGUGGGCUGCAGUGUGGGGACUGCGGGGAGCAGAAGUAUGGGCAUGUUCACGGCGUUUCGGGUCCUUGGGGGUUUUACGGGCACGAGUUUCAUGGUUAGUGGGCAGACGGUGCUUGCGGAUAUUUUUGAGCCGGAGGUGCGAGGGACGGCCGUGGGGUUCUUCAUGCUGGGCUCUGUGACAGGGCCUGCAAUUGGCCCCUGCAUCGGCGGUGUAAUCGUCACCUUCGCCAGCUGGCGGUACAUCUACUGGCUCCAAACAGCCAUGGCCGGAUUCGGACUUGUGCUCUCCCUAAUUUUUGUUCCAGAGGUCCAACAAGAGACCGACAGCUCUGGUAUCGAGAAGGAGAAGAAGAAAAUUACCCUGGGAUACGUCCUGCGAGUAUCCAACCCAGCCCGCGUCUUCAGGCUCUGGUUGUACCCGAAUAUCCUCUUCUCGUUCAUAACCUGUGGCCUCCUGGCCACAUACCUCUACGCCCUCCUCUCCUCCGCCCGUACAAUCUUCAACCCGCGCUUCAACCUAACCUCCGCGCUCGUAAGCGGCCUCUUCUAUCUCGCCCCUGGCGCCGGCUUCCUAGUCGGCAGCGUACUGGGCGGCCGUCUAUCAGACAAAACAGUCCGCAAAUUCAUAGCGCGCCGUGGGUUCCGACUCCCACAGGACCGAUUGAACAGUGGGCUAUUCAUGCUCUUCCUCAUGCUCCCCGGGGCAACGCUCGUCUAUGCCUGGACGCUGCAGCAGGAGAAGGGGGGUAUGCCAGUGCCGAUUAUUGCGGGAUUUGUAGGUGGGGUUGGCUUGAUGGGGAGCUUCAAUGGAUUGAAUACUUAUGCUGCUGAAGCCCUCCCCUCCCACCGCGCAGAGGUCAUAAGUGGGAAAUAUAUCAUCCAGUAUAUAUUCUCCGCGGGUGCGAGUGCGCUGGUUGUCCCACUGAUUAACAAGAUUGGUGUUGGGUGGACGUUUACAAUCUCGGCGUUUUUUACGCUUACUGGGGCCGUGCUGGUUGUUAUUAUUGCCCGGUGGGGAAUCGAGAUGCAGCGGUGGAUGGAGAGGAGGGUCCCCAUUCAGAAGUCGUACUCCUAA